AUGGGGAGAGGAAGAGUGGAAUUGAAGAGGAUCGAGAAUAAGAUAAAUAGACAGGUGACUUUUGCGAAACGAAGAAAUGGGCUUCUGAAGAAAGCUUAUGAACUCUCUGUUCUUUGUGAUGCUGAAGUUGCUCUCAUCAUCUUCUCAAAUCGUGGAAAGCUCUAUGAGUUCUGCAGUACUUCCAACAUGCUCAAGAUGCUCGAAAGGUAUCAGAAUUGCACUUAUAGUUCGAUGGAAGUCAGCAGAUCAGCCAAUGAUGCCGAGCAAAGCAGCUACAAGGAGUACAUGAAACUGAAAGCUAAAUACGAGUCUCUACAACAAUACCAAAGGCAACUUUUUGGAGAAGAUCUAGGGCCAUUGAAUCUGAAAGAACUUGAGCAACUAGAGCGCCAACUUGACUCCACGCUGAGGCAAAUCCGGUCCAUAAGGACUCAAUCAAUGUUGGAUAGGCUUUCUGAACUUCAAGUUAAGGAAAGGAUGUGGCUUGAAGCUAACAAAGCUUUGCAGAAUAAGGUAAGAAUACAUUUUUAUGCAGAAAACCAAGCAGGACCGUCGUGGGCAGGAGGUGAAAAUGGUCAUUCAUAUCAUCAACACCAGGAUCAGCAUCCUCAACCUCAAGGCUUCUUCCAGCCUCUAGACUGCAACUCCAAUUUGCAAAUUGGGUAUAACACAAUAGGUUCAAGCCAGAUAAAUGCAUCAACAAGUGGACAGAAUGUCAAUGGAAUAGUCCCAGGAUGGAUGCUUUGA